CGGAAAAGUAAAAAAUCAUGCAGUUUGUGAAGAAAGCACCCAAUUCACAGGAAGUGUAGACUUUAACAUGAUAAUGAAUCUUAGAUAUGGAGGCAUCACCAAAAUUGAUGCUGACGGCUUAAAAUUGAGGAUUUCUUAUAUUCUCUUAUUAAACUCUAUUACUGUUUAAAAUUGUGAAAUUGCAUGUUCACAUAUAGCAAAAAUGACUUGCAUGAUUAGAAAGCUUGCAAAAAACUACAUAUAAGACUUUUAAACGGUUGAUUGAUUUUCCAAGCGGUUUUCCAGUUAUUGCUAUUUAAAAACGUGAUAAAUAGGCAAAAAUCCCGCCAAAGUCCUGGACACUAGCCCUAAAACGUAUUUUCAACCGCGCAUAACUCGAGAGGAGUUGGAAAAUUAAAGUAAGUUUUACCACAACUUCAUGCAUAUAUUUGUAGUAAUUUUAACCCAUUAAGCAGCAAUUGUGGCGGCUUCUUAUAACUUUUCGCUUUCUAACAUUGCAGCAUGCAGAUGAGUUAAAACAAUUCAGGACAAAGGUCAGUUUUUUGAAAAGAAAUAUCUUAGGUGUAGUUCAUGUUUCAUUAAAAAUGAAAGUGAUCUUUUUCUAAAUUGCUGUAGCACGAUGAAGAUGUGAAGAUUCUUUGGCAAAAAAUCGAAGUGUUACAGACCAUUGGACUGCUGCAACGCAGUUUCUGCAACGACCCUCGCAUCAACAAGAACCUGAAUCAGAUUACAUGUGGAAGAUAGCAAACUUUGCAACAAAGCUUGCUCAAGUAACUUCUAACAAUACUUAUGGUAGGAUUGAAAGUGAAGCUUUUUUCACAAGUCAUGGUUACAAAAUGAAGCUUUCUAUCAAUUUAAAUCAAGCGCCUUAUGGUGACGCAGGCUACAUGGGUGUUUAUUUAAAAUUAAUGAAAAGUGAUCGAGAUGGAACCCUACCCUGGCCUUUCACAAAGAGGUGCACGUUUGUUCUUGUUGAUCAGCAAGAUGAUGUUAGGGAAAGACAAAACAUUAAGAAGACAUUUACUCCAAAAGGAGAGGAAGGGUUUAAGAGACCAAGACUGCGUGACAAUGCAGGUAUGGGAGAAACCCAGUUUGUUAAAUACUCCACUCUACAUACUCGUCAAUACAUCAGAGACGACGCUGCAUAUAUCAAGAUCAAGGUAGAACCAUGAAAAAUAACCACAUUUAUAUUUGGUGUGGACGCUUUAAUACCUAUAGAUGGAACAAUAUAUACAAUGCCAAUGAAGACAUUCGCGAUAGUUUGCAUGUUGAAAGCUCUGGCAUUCUCCUGAAGAUUGAUAUUUUUCUGAUUGUUAAAAUGCAAUCAAAACGUAUAGAGAGUUUAUUUACAAGUAAUAUCCAAUGUUGUGCUUUCUUAGCAAUUUAUUUCAAUUUAUUAAAGGUAGU